AUGCGACAUAUGACGAGCCUUGAAAGACAAAAGGCCAAGGAUCACGAGCAUAUUCGAUCAUAUUGCCGGUACGGAGGCGAUUAUGGGGCCUUUCUUCAAUUUAAGGUCGUUUCAACGAUCGACGAGAACGUUGGUCUGGACGAAGCAGCUAGAGCAGCUCGGGAGAAGGAAAAAGGAGAUGCACGAUGGAGCGAUGGCUCGUGCACGCUGAAAAUCCUGUCGGCGUCACUUGACAAGAUCGUUAGUUCCGCACCUCGCCUAGCUCGAGAAGAUGUCAGCGGCGGUUGA